AACGCCGGACGUGCUUACAGCUAUGUGCAUAUAUCAAGCGACACCGGGUAGUACAGUAAGGAGACCUACACAUGCACAUCGUAGACCAAAGCAAGGUUCUCUUUUCUCGUUUUCUUUUUUGUCAUUGCAGCAGAAACAAUACAAAUACUAUAUCACAGAUCAAUGGUUAAAAAAAGGGGGAGGGAUGUCUUACGAGGAAAGAAAAAGCCACGAGUGAUCAAUAUCUGGCUGUCUUGUUGCAAAUUGCUGCAGUGUUUUAAAGCAGUAGUGUAUUGUAAAAGGGAUUGACAGAGAGCGGGGCAAAGGAACCACAUGUCACAUGUGCUUCAUAGGAAGAAAAGGGGCAUCUGCAAGCUGGAUCUGGAGGAGGAUGCUGCGGCAAGUCAUUCACAGAGGGCUCAAAUCUUCCUUUUACUGGCUGGGCUUAUUUGUCAGCAGGCAUCCCGUGUUUUUCCUCACUGUCCCCGCAGUUCUCACCAUUAUUUUCGGAUCCACCGUCUUGAGCAGGUUUAAGCCCGAAACAGACCUCGAGAUUUUAGUAGCUCCGACCCACAGCCUGGCUAAAAUCGAAAGAAACCUCGCGAACAGUCUGUUCCCUCUCGACCAGUCCAAAAACAAGCUCUACUCGGACCUGCAUACCCCCGGCAGAUAUGGCAGGCUGAUUCUACUCUCGAAAUCCGGGGAAAACAUUUUGGAGCUGGCUGAUGAAGUGCUGCAGGUCCACAAAUCGGUGCUGGAUUUGAAAGUUAAUUACAGAGGGUUUAAUUACACUUUCGCUCAUCUGUGUGUCAUGACAAAUCGGGACAAGAAAUGCCUUUUAGAUGAUAUUAUCUCGAUCUUCGAGGACCUCCGGCAGGCUGCGGUCUCUAACAGUACACCUUCCAGGGUUCAAGUAAGCUAUCCAGACACCAGGCUAAAGGGUGGAAGAAUCGCUUUCAUUGGCCAUCAACUGGGCGGCGUCACAAUUAUUCCAAACAGCAGAGACCAACAAGUCAAAUCUGCCAGAGCAGUCCAGAUUACCUACUACCUCCACAACUAUGGCUCUACAAUCCAGGAUAUUAUUGCUGAGAAGUGGGAAAAUGAGUUUUGCAAACUUAUUCGCAGUCUUUCUACAGUUAAUGAAAACCUUUACAUUCAGUCUCUGACCUCAUUCAGUCUUUGGAGGGAUUUUCACAAAACUAUCUCUUUAGCAAGGAGCGAGGUGCUGGUGAGCCUGGUGCUAGUUUUGUUAGCAGCCACUGUCUCUAGUUCCAUGCGGGACUGUCUUCGGGGGAAGCCUUUUCUAGGUCUACUAGGAGUUCUUACCAUCUGUAAAGCCAAUGUUACUGCAGCAGGGAUAUUUUUCAUUACAGAUGGAAAGUACAACUCUACACUGCUGGGAGUCCCCUUCUUCGCCAUGGGUCAUGGAACAAAGGGAGUUUUUGAGCUUCUAGCAGGAUGGAGAAGAACAAGAGAAGAUAUUCCUUUUAAGGAAAGAGUAGCUGAUGCCUUUGCUGAUGUGAUGGUGUGCUAUACCAUGACCAGCUCACUUUACAUCAUAACGUUUGGUAUGGGAGCCAGUCCCUUCACAAAUAUUGAAUCCGUUAAAAUAUUUUGUCAGAACAUGUGCAUCACCAUUUUGGUAAACUAUUUUUAUGUCUUCUCCUUCUUCGGCUCAUGUUUGGUCUUUGCUGGCCAGCUAGAACAAAACAGAUACCAUAGCGUAUUCUGUUGCAAAAUACCUUCUUCAGAAUAUUUAGAUAGGCAACCAACAUGGUUCAAAACAAUGAUGAGUGAUGGCCAUGACCUUUCAAGUCAUCAUGAAAGCAGUCCAUAUCAAAACCAUUUCAUUCAACACUUUUUACGGGAGCACUAUACCGAAUGGAUUACAAAUACGUAUGUGAAACCUUUUGUUGUCAUAUUAUACUUAAUUUACGCAUCAUUUUCAUUUAUGGGAUGUUUACAAAUAAGUGAUGGAUCUAACAUUGUCAAUCUUUUAGCCAGUGACUCACCCAGUGUCUCCUAUGCACUAACACAGCAAAAAUACUUUAGCAACUACAGCCCCGUUAUUGGGUUCUAUAUAUAUGAGCCUAUUGAGUACUGGAACAGCACAGUACAAGAACAUCUAAAAACAUUAGGCCAUGGGUUUCAUAAAAUAGCUUGGAUUGACCAUUACUUUCAGUAUUUAAAAGUUGUUAAUAUCAGUGCAGCAACCAAAACUGAUUUUAUCACAGUUCUUCAGAAUUCAUUCUUGAAGAAACCUGAAUUUCAGCACUUUAGGGAAGACAUCAUUUUUUCUAAGACGGGGGAUGAAAUAAACAUUAUUGCAUCACGGAUGUAUAUGGUUGCCAGAACUAGUGUGAAUACAAGGGAAGAAGUUGUGGAGCUGCUGGAGGGACUAAGGCCACUGUCCCUCAUAAACAGCAUCAAGUUCAUUGUCUUCAACCCAACCUUUGUCUUCAUGGAUCGCUACAGUUCUUCCAUCAUAUCUCCUAUCCUGACCUCUGGAUUUAGCAUCUUGAUUGUGCUAAUACUGACAGUCUUCCUAGUGAUCCAUCCACUUGGCAACUUUUGGUUGAUUCUAACAGUUACCUCUGUUGAACUGGGAGUGCUUGGUUUAAUGACCUUGUGGAAUGUAGACAUGGACAGCAUAUCAAUUCUGUGCCUUAUUUAUACUUUGAAUUUUGCAAUGGAUCACUGUGCACCUCACCUUUAUACUUUUGUAUUAGCAACCGAGCACACCAGAACUCAGUGUAUUAAGAUGUCCUUGGAAGAGCAUGGGGCAGCCAUUUUGCAGAAUGCAUCUUGUUUCCUCAUUGGGCUAAUGCCUCUGGUGUUUGUGCCUUCAAACCUGACCUUUACACUGUUUAAAUGUUCUCUGCUUACUGCUGGGUGUACAGUGUUGCACUGCUUUGUGAUUUUACCAGUUUUUUUAACAUUUUUCCCCCCAUCAAAAAAGAGGCAUAAGAAAAAGAAACGUGCCAAACGAAAAGAGAGAGAAGAAAUUGAGUGCAUAGAGGUCAGAGAAAAUCCUGAUCAUGUGACGAAUGUAUGAAAUGAGAUGUAGCAUAGGGAAAUCACCAAAUGGACAAAAGAGCAAAAAUGAGUGCCAUAGCUGUUAAUGUGGAUUUAAAAUGAGUGAGACUGUCAGUCCUUGCAAGGAUAAAAACUAAAC